GUGUAGAGUCCAACUUAAAGUCUAUAACCUAAUCCCUACUCUUUGAACUAUUGCCUCUUCUCUACCUUCCCUAUAUAUUCUCUUCAUCUUCAUGUUAUUUUUUGCCUUUUACACCUCUUCCUUAAUCAUAUCAAACCAUGACAUAUAGCUUUUUUUCAAACCCUAUGGGAAACUCUUCCUUUAUUUUCAUCAAUAAGUCAAAAAAAUACCUAGAACUUGUUUUCCUAUAAAAACUUCAAUUUUCCUCUCUCAAAGCUUGUGUAUUUUCUUCUCUCUUUGUGUUAUUUUUUGGUUAAACAAAAAUGGGUCUUGUUGAAAAGAGUCCAAAGAGUUUUCAUUUGCAUAGACAACAACAACUCCAAAAGCAAGAGUUCAAAGGUGUUCCAAAAGGGUUCAUGGCAAUCAAAGUAGGUCAAGGAGAAGAUCAACAAAGGUUUGUUGUUCCUGUUAUGUACUUCAAUCAUCCUCUUUUCAUUCAACUAUUGAAAGAGGCAGAAGAAGAAUAUGGAUUUGAUCAAAAAGGAACUAUCACUAUUCCUUGUCAUGUUGAAGAAUUCAGAAACGUUCGUGGUUUGAUUGAUAGAGGCAAAAAUCUUCACCAACAUGUUGGUUGUUUUGGUUUAUGAUUUAUGAUCUUAUCAUAAACCACAAAAUUUGGAGAAUAAAAACAAGUUUAUCUUCACCCUAAAGUCAUGUAAAUUUAGUUUUUUUUAAUAGAAUUUUUGAGUUUUUUUUGUUAA